GUCACUUCAUUCAAUUUUAUAACGCAUGCGAGACUAGACUUGAGAGAUUGACCCAGAUUGCGAUUCACAAUGGGGAGGAUUGGUUUGCUCGUUUCAGAUUUCAUAAUCUCAUUCAUGUGGGUAUCAUCAGGUGUUUUUGUCAAGAAAUUUGUGCACAAUGUUUUGGGUUUCUCUCAUGAACCCACUGCUGAGAUUCUCAAGUCCGCUCUUUCAAUUGUCAACAUGUUUUUCUUUGCUUUCUUGGCUAAGCUUACCAAGGGUGGCACCUACAAUCCUCUCACCGUUUUCUCGGAUGCCAUCACCGGCGAUUUCAGCCGUUUCUUAUUCACUGUUGCUGCCAGAGUCCCUGCUCAGGUUCUUGGCUCUGUUGCUGGAGUUAGGUUCAUAAUGGGGACCUUUCCUGGAAUAGGUCUCGGGCCACGUUUGACUGUUGACAUCCAUAAAGGGGCCCUUACAGAAGGAUUACUGGCAUAUGCAAUCGUUACUAUCUCACUUGGUCUUUCCAGAAAUAUCCCGGGGAGCUUUUUCAGGAAGACAUGGAUCUCAAGUGUUUCGAAGUUAACUCUGCAUAUUCUUGGCUCUGAUCUGACUGGUGGUUGCAUGAACCCAGCUUCUGUAAUGGGAUGGGCUUAUGCUCGCGGCGACCAUAUCACCAAGGAGCAUAUACUUGUUUAUUGGCUUGCCCCAAUAGAGGCAACUCUACUUGCAGUAUGGACAUCUAGGUUGCUGUUUCCACCAAAAGAGGACAAGAAAGCUAAAGUAGAAUGAAGUGAUUUCAACCGAUUUGUCAUUUGUUUAUGGAUGAUCUAACUCGUUAGCACUGAAGAAGCUGAUCGCUGUUGAUUUUACUAAUAGAAGCUGGUCAUGCUUGAACCACGCUAAUUGCUACUGAAUAUCAAAUCAUUGUAGCAUUGCAGAUGUAAUUACUGUUCAUAUGGUGCAUUUUAGGCCCUGUAUUUGUUUGUCCAAAAAAUGAUGAUCACUGGACUGCAUUCACAAAUUUCAGACUAGAAAUAACAUUGUUCCUUGCAUGUCCUCGCUUUUUGUUGUUUUAGACUUUGUAACUAUGAUUCUUUUUUCUUUUUUUAAACGAGUGCGGCUAUUGAGAGUUUGGGACCUCCAAAUUUGCUCAGUUGACCUCACUCUAUUAUGAGUUAUUGAAUAUCAGAUAUGUUCUUUUACAUAAUGACUAUUAA